CUGCAGCAGGAAGCGAAAGCACGGAAACAGAGGAGUCGUUAAUUAAAAGACAAGACCGUAGAUCUGACGAGGGACAUGAACUGAGCACUUCAACCGGCGGGAUCAUGGUCAGAAAAUACAUCUUAUUCCUCUGUUUCGUGCUUCGUCACAUUCCUGGGAUUGACAACAAAGACAUCGUCAGUAUGCGUCCACCGAGACUUUCCAAGUACUCCAUUGUAAAUCCUCAGGUGAUUCACAGAUGGUCCAGGAGUCUCAACAGAGUGCCAAAAGAGGCAAAUGGAGAGGAGACAAUAUCAUAUGCACUCAACAUUAACAACAGACGGCACCUGCUUCAUCUAAAAAUGAACAGAGACUUUUUACACCCAGACUUUGUUCGGUCUUCACGUGACACCGCUGGUGACAGACACUCAUCGUUAAAACGGCAUGUGCAUUGCUAUUACCAUGGAGAGGUGGAAGGAUAUGAGAAUUCAAUGGUAGCGCUCAGUACAUGCUCUGGCCUCAGGGGUGUUAUCGUCUUUGGAAAUGAGACUUAUGGACUUGAGCCUUUGCCACGGUCUGCCACCAAUGAGCACAUUCUCUACCUGCUGAAGGACGUCCAGUCCGAGCCCGUCACCUGUGGGGCCGUCAACGAGGCUGCGUCAACACAAAGCCAUGAAGCCUUUGACCCUGGUCAAUCGCUGACAUCACUGCUGCGGAGGAAGCGCACUUUACCACAAACCAGUUACUUGGAGCUGGUGCUGGUUGUCGAUAAUCUCAGGUAUAAUUUUAAGAAAAAAAAUGAGACUGCGAUACGAGAAGAGAUGGUUGAAAUGGCAAAUCUACUGGACGGGUAUUACAAACCACUGAAUAUCCGUGUCGUGCUCGUGGGCCUGGAGAUCUUUAAGGAUAGCAAUCCCUUUAGUGUGGAUGGCUCUGCAGGAGAUGUGUUGGGGAACUUUGUUAAGUGGAGGAAAAAUACUCUGUUACCAAAGAUUAAGCAUGACAUUGGUCAACUCAUUGUUGGUAAGUCCGAGCCAUACGGAGGGAGUAUAUUAGGCAUGGCCUUCGUGGGCACCGUCUGCUCCCAAACUACCUCUGGAGGAAUUAACGUGUUCAGUGACAACAGCCUGCCUUAUAUCUCCACUGUUGUGGCUCAUGAGAUGGGGCACAACCUGGGCAUGAAUCACGACGAUAAACGCUGCAACUGUGAUGGGAAAGGCUGCAUUAUGGCUGCCAGUGCAAGCGGAUCCACCUCUUUCAGCACCUGCAGUGAAAAAGACUUUGAGAAGCUGGUCCUCGGCGGAGGAGGCGUGUGUCUGAGAAACCAGCCCUCGCCGUCAGAUGUGAUCGGUACUGCUGAAUGUGGCAACGGCCGGCUGGACAAAGGAGAAGAGUGCGACUGUGGUAAACCAGAGGAAUGCAACAAUAAAUGCUGUGAUGCUGCCACCUGCCAAUUUACCUGGGGGUCUGCCUGCGCUCAUGGAGACUGCUGUGACAACUGUCAGAUCAGAGUCGCUGGAACCCCAUGCAGAAACACUGUCAACACCUGUGAUCUUCCUGAAUACUGUAAUGGCAAUAAUGCAUACUGUCCUGAUGACUUCUAUAUCAUGGACGGCCUAUCAUGCCAAAACGAUGCUGCAUACUGCUAUGAGGGCCGAUGCCAGACGUAUGAUUUCCAGUGCAACCAUCUCUUUGCACCAGAUCCAGCAACAAAGGCGGCGGAUAUUUGUUUUAAACAUGCCAAUACUGCGGGAAACUUAUUUGGAAACUGUGGCAUCACCAGCAGAGGAGAUUACAUCAAAUGUACUGUAGAAAACGCCAUGUGUGGAAAAGUGCAGUGCACCAACGUGGACGUCAACAACCCCCCUACUGGUGCCCAAGUCAGUAUCCAAAUAGUUGAAGGGUCAACUUGUGUUAAUGCAGACUUCAACCUUGGCACAGACGUGCUAGAUCCUGCCUACGUUAACCCCGGCAGCCCUUGCGAUAAAGGAAAGACCUGCUUGGACUUCAAGUGUGUAAACGCCUCUGCCCUGUUGACCAACUUGGACUGUGAUGCCCAGACCACCUGCAACAGUCGAGGGGUAUGUAACGACCAAGGGCACUGUCACUGUGACAACGGGUGGGCCCCGCCGAACUGUGACAAGUGGGGGCGCGGUGGCAGCAUAGACAGCGGUCCGGCUCAGAUAGACUACUCCCUCCGGAACGGCCUGUUGAUCUUCUUCCUGUUGGUGGUUCCUGUUCUGGUCGUUGUCAUUCUGGCGCUGCUCUACUUCUUUAGGAGAGAUUCCCUGGACCCCUGCUUGAAAAGACGCCGCAAGUCAGGUAAUGUUCAAAGUGGAAAUACAAAUGCGAACAGAAAUGUUCAAACAAGUGCCACAACCAAGCCUCCAGCACCGACUCCCUCUGAUAUGCCUGGACAUCCACCGGAUACCGCAGAUCCAGUUUCUGGUUUCAGAUAUGGAGACCUGGAUUAUUGGAACACGGAAACAAGCGCUGCCCCGGCGCGACCGGCAGCUCCUAGGCAGGGCCCCGGGGUGCCCAGACCAAUCCCGUACAAUUAGCUGCAGAAUUGAUUAUCUUUUUACACUAAAUAUUUUCUGAAUUGUUUUUGAAUCUUUGGAGUUCACAACAGCGUAACACUAUAUUAAGAGACCAUUUUAAAUCACUGGGAUUAUAAAAGACUGACUGUAACUUGUUGUAAACAUGGGGGGGCUGGACAAGGCUGGUAAAUGUGUGAAUAUAUGUAUCGUAUAUGUGUGUUUUAUCAUUGUUUAUCACUCUUUAUCUCUCUCUCUUUUGUAUUUCUAUUAUGUUUAAUUUUUUUUACAGAUGUGGAUUUUGAUUUCAUGGAUGCUGAUUGUAAUAAAAAGAAAAAUGAUCUGGCA